AUGGUAGCAGCAUCUAACUUCGUCGCAACCGCAGCCACCGCCGUUUCUGUUGCAAUUAAAACUGCCACCGAUGCUGCAUCUAUUAUUGACUGUGCGCAGCAGGGUCGCGACCAGUGUAUGCCUAUUCGCCCACAGUCUGCCGAUAUUAUCCAGUGGAUUGGAGAGGAAAAGGGCUGGUUUGAGGACAAAAUUAGGUGGAAAAGUAAUCAGCAGCUGCGGGAUGGGCUGACUGAGCGGAAUCGGAAGCAGCACAUCAAUAUCCAGCCUGCCGAUAAUCUCAGGCACAUUGUCAGGCUGAGCGGCUGGUCGCAGGGUAAAAUUGAGCGCAAAAUCAGACAGAGGAUACGCGAUGAGUUGGCCGCGCAGCGGCAGAAUGGUCAGCACCAGCAGGAGGCAGAUAACCGCAACAAAUUUUAA